AAAGCGUCAUCUUUGGUGGCCCUGAAGAACAUCAAUGAUAACAGCUGUCAAGCUAUUAGGUUUAUUAUGGUGUCAGUGGCGCUGAUAAACCCAACAAAGAAAGAGAGAAACCUAGCGAGCUUCUUUUCAAUCAUUAUUGCUGAUAUAUUCAUAAACAAGCGCUAAAUCUGUAUGGGUGACACAACGCUGCGCAUAGGAAGGUGUCAUGAUGCUGGUGGUUGACUCUUGAUCCAAGGAACUAGACUUCUGUUCCCUUUCUUUGGAUGGAAUCUGAAUGCCUCCCAUUCCUCCGGCACUAUAUGACCCCUACAAGUUUAAUGCUUUCCCCCUAUUAAAGCAAAAUAUAAAAAUGUAUCGACAUUCUUCAUUACAUAUAGGAUUAUAAGGUAUUGAAUUAAACAUCAAAAUGGAGUCAACCACUAAUGCACUUGUUAGUUAUAACUCUCCUGGGGUAUGUGACAAGCUCCCACAAGACCCGUCACCUGGGCCAUUGCAAAACUGUUGUGAAGAAAGCACAUUAUCCCCAACAACUGACGCUAGCCUCCUUGAUCCUUCAGAAGAUAUAAGUCAAAAUGAUUCUCCAGAAUGUCUUGUGAACCCUUCUCUUCCAUCUGAACUUUGCGAGGCAGAAUGUGUUGUGUUGCGUGGGGAUGCCAUUGGAAAUACAGCCUAUACUCAUCGAUGGGUUUUAAAUACCCUUCUCAAAAUUACACAGGCUCUACCCCACUAUCUUACUACUGAAAAGACCAUUGAGGACACAGUGAGGAAUUGUCCAGAAACUAUAAUUGAUGAAGGAAUAAAAAAUUCUGAAAAUGAGUUGCUUAAGAGUGUUGAUGAGGGGAAAGAUGAUAGCAUACUGGAGCUGGCUGAAGAUGUAGAGAAUGCUGCUUGCCAGCUGUGGGACAUGACAGCAGAGCCAGAUGUGGUGCAUUAUCUUCUCAGUCUGAGUGUCAUAGACAUCAUGCAACUGGCUAAGGAUAUUAUCACACAAUCUCGUGCACCUAGACUAACUGAAGUUGUGGUUGGUGUUGUAGCCAACAUAUGCUGCCAGGCUGUUGGCUGCGAGAAAGUAAUCGGUCAUGAGUCACUUCUCAGCUCGUGUUUGACUCUUCUGUACACCACCGAUGAUGUGCCAACCCUUAUUGAAGGUUUGAGACUCUUACGACUAUUACUUUGGCACAUCACAUAUCGUUUGGCACCACAAGAACGUUCACUCAGUCCAGUCAUCCUUGCCCUCAAGAAUCAUGAAUCACUCAAAGAAGCACUAGUGUUUAUGCUUAAGAACAGUCUCAGUGACUUACUGCUUAGUGCUCUCUGUGAAUUCCUUGAGGCACUUAUGUAUAUCUGGCUUCCCAGUGAUCAGUGCUAUAUGGCUGCCUACUACUCAGAAUCUGGCUUGGUUGAAGGUGUUGUUGAAGUUAUGAGACACUUCUUAAAGGAAUGGGAGAAAAGUGGUCGUCAAGAACAGCCUCGUGAAGUUCAUCAAGGGAUUCUUAUUCUCUACAGCUUUAUGGCCACACCUGCAGUCCAUAUAAUUAGCAGUUUUGACCAGUACGAGUCCCUCCUUGAGCCAAUCUUGGUAAGGUACGUACAACACUUGGCCAAGGUGGAAAGUGUAGAGGAAAUAUUGUCGGAAGACAAUGCAGAGAGACUGACAUAUGCACUGGGCCUCUGUGAGCUGCUUGUGCCAACAAUGAGACAUCCCAACAUAUUGCUCUCUAUAGGCAAGCUGUUGGCCCUCACCCAUGGAGCCAGUCAUCACUACACUGCCAUUCAAAACCAGACUUUGCUAGCAGGCAACCUAGAAGAUGAUGACAAUAAUCAGACCUCAAAAAUACGUCACAGGAGACUCAGCAGAAGUAGGAGCAGGAGGAGUAGAAAUUCAAAUGAAGAAACUAUGGAAACUGAUAUUUCUGUAGUUCUAGAAAAGAAAGAAUCAGAAGAAGAGGUAGUAGAUAGAAUGCAUCGCAGGAGACUCAGCAGGAGUAAGAGCAGGAGUAGUAGGAACUCAAAAGAAGAAAUUAUGGAUACUGAUAUUCCUAUAGUGAUGGAUAAGGAAAGAGAAUCAGAGGAAGUAGAUAGCAGUAUUUCCAGCAAAGAGCUUGAGGGCAUAGAAGUAACUCAGGCAUCUUUAUUGGUGGAAAAGAAGGAAAAGGAACCAGAGCAAGAAGGGGUAUAUAGAAUGCGUCAGAGGAGAAUAAGCAGAAGUAAGAGCAGGAGGAGUAGACACUCAAAUGAAGAAAUGGAAACUGAUAAUGCUGUAAUGAUGGAAAAAAAGGAAAUGGAGAAAGAAAAAGUAGGAAUAGAUAGCAGUAUUUCCACCAGAAAGAUUGAGGGCAUAGAAGCAACUCAGAAAUUAUCUCAAAAGUUUAAAAGUGAUGAUUUGCUUGUCUACACAACUGCAAAAGAGAACUGUAAAAGUUCAUUAUUACAAAAUCAUGAAUGCAAGGAAGUUAAGAGUGCUAACAGCAGUUGUGCUUUGAAAGUUUCUGAUAAUUACAUUGGUAGAGAUGAUACUUCAGCAAAGAAAAAUACAAGUGCUAAACUAAAGAGCACAGUUGAAAACUUGAUUGAUUAUUGUGUCCGUGUGGUACGUUGCUGCCCUGACUUAAAUGCAGUGUUGACAGCACUAAAUGAGUGCCAUGCUCAUGAAGUACAGUUGUUCUUUAGAGCUGUACGUUCCAGAGAGCCUAAGCUUGUUGGUCAACUUCAAGAGCAGUUGCUGGAUACAGGAUCUCACAAUCGCCUGGUGACCAUAUUGUCUGAUAUGUACACUUGACAAAAUAUUUUUUGGUGCAAAAGUAUGACAAUAUAGGAGCUUUACCAGGCAGAGAAUAAAACUCUGGUAUUUGUUAGUCUACUCUCAUCAGUAGUCCAUGAGAAUAAUGGAUGACUUCAUGAGCUGUAUACUAAGUGAUUGCUUUGCUGAAAUCCUACAACAAUUACAGAAGGCAAAAUUGUGUAAAGGAAGUAUCAAGAAAAUAAAUUACUUAAGUAAUUUAUUUAAUACUACCAAGAUCAUGUACCAAGUGGAGAAUGAAGGUGACUGAAUUGGCUAAUCCUCAGUAAUAUUGUACAUGUAUGUAAGAUGUGUUUUUAUGCAAGAAACUGCCACUAGCUAGAACAAAUGUAGAAUGUAAGGCAUUGUGAAAAUAGCAUGAAUAACCCAAAAAUAGUAAUGUGAAUAGUAAUAUAAUGGACAUUAGUAAUUCAUGUAGGCUACGCUCCUGAAAACUGUGCUACCCAUGAUUUCUGUGACUCAUAGUGGAAAAACAUGAGAAAAAGAGAGUUGCAUUCCUCGGACCUCCAAAAUUAAAAAAAAAUUACUAUCAUAAUUCUUUGAAAAUUAAUACUUUCUACCUCAUUUUAUCAUUGGCAGUGCUCUGUGAAAUACCUAAACUAUAGUGAGGUUCAGGUAGUGAAAAAGAAGAGUACAUGUAGCUAAAAACAAAGUUACAUUAAUACUGUAAGUAUUUAUUACUUACCGUCCAGUUGGGGUUGGUGAUGCUCAACAUCCUGGAGUGGAAAGGGUGGCUAUGGCCUACUGGGCCCAAGUUGAAUUGGUUCUCUGUCAUCAUACACUCGUGCCAUCUCCAUGACACAUGCAGCACCCUUCAGCAUCACAUUUACCUCCACUUUUUCGAAAUAGGGGUAGUUUCACACUUAAUUUUAGCUCUUGCUUCAACAACAUCACCUGCACUUCGUUUAGAUGCCAUGAUUAAUAUCCAGAGACGAGAUGUAGUUAUGAAAAGAAGGAAAAGCCAAGUGAUACGUACUGAGGGAAAAAAUCAUUCGGUAUGCAUCCAGAUAAACUGACCUGCAUAGGAGGCUUUGUUUAUAUACACUUUACCCCUGGUCAGUGCUAAAACAAUGGAGUUGCCUAGUACAUAGUAGGAGGGGGGAAGGAUUCUCCUGCCUGCUGUUCUGAAACGAUGUAUAGGAUAGCUGGGUUAUCUUGGGCAUGUGAGUUUCUAACCACUGUUCAUUUACAGUAAUACAUUGUAAAUGUUGUAUAUAGUAGUCAGUAAUAAUGUUAAAUAUGAUACAGUAACAGAUAAUUACAUAAAUGUUUUCCAUUUUUACUUUUAUCUGAGUAGACUUCUAUUCAUUUUAUAUAAAUUGUUGUAUAAAUGUAUUUCUUAUACACUUUUCCCUACACAAAUAUAUCACAAUAAAGCUUUUAACUAAU